AUGUUUGUUAUUUUUGAAAUCGAAAGAACAAAAGUUAAAAUUUUCAAAAUUUUUUUUUUAAAAUGUAAAAAUAAUUAUUUAUUAAGCAAUAAAUUUCAAAUUUUGCCCAUGCGCCUCCCAGUGACAUAUUCCUACCGAAAUCAAAUCCUCGCGCAUAACGAACCGAAUUAA